CCUACACUAUGGACCAUUAAUUUAGUUAAUAACUCAACCACACUUGACUUUAGCUUCACUCCUACUCAAAAAAACAAUAAAACACACCACAAAUCCCCUCUCAAAGUCCUCAUCAUUCUGUUUCUCCCCAAAACUCCUACCCUUAUUCUUCAUCCACCAUUGAGCUUCUCUGCAUCCUUCACAAUGGCGGGCACGGUGAAACCCCCUCGAGGGAAGCUUCCUCUCCCGGUAAUUGCUGUUGUCAUCUGCGCCUUCACUUUCAUCCUUCUCCUAUCCACAGAAAGAAUUAGUUUUCUCUCUUCCAACACUACUUUCAAGCUUAAACCCUGUCCUAAACGACACAUUGCCAAGACUACCAAGUCUAAAACAGGGGAGAAUCAAAUUAAGUACGAAGUGGAUGACAGAUUUGAGUUCGAUCCAAGUGAGUGUGGUAGUGUUGGUACUCAAGGCAAGUGGGUGUUUAACGCUUCAAUCAAGCCUCUGUACUCGGACAGGACAUGUCCAUAUCUUGAUAGGCAAGUUUCUUGUGUCAAGAAUGGUCGACCAGAUUCUGACUACCGCUACUGGGAAUGGCAGCCAGAGGAGUGUAUGUUGCCUAGGUUCAAUCCUAAACUUGCCCUUCAUAAACUUAGAGGAAAGAGGCUAAUGUUUGUUGGGGAUUCACUACAAAGAGGUCAGUGGCAAUCUUUUGUUUGUCUCGUCGAAUUCAUUAUACCUAAGAACCAGAAGUCCAUGCGACGGGGCAAGGUUCAUUCAGUCUUCACAGCCAAGGAAUACAAUGCAACAAUUGAGUUCUACUGGGCACCAUUUCUGGUUGAGUCCAACACUGAUAUCCAUGUACUACCAGAUCCAAGGGAUAGAAUACUAAGAGUGGAUUCAGUUUCCAAGCAUGCCAAACACUGGAUGGGAGUGGAUAUCCUUGUCUUCAACACCUAUGUUUGGUGGAUGAGUGGCCUCAAGAUCAAGUCACUAUGGGGUUCAUUUGCAAAUGGGGAAGAAGGAUAUGAAGAGUUGGAUGCCCCUGUUGCCUACCGAAUAGGAUUGAAGACAUGGGCAAACUGGAUUGACUCAACCAUUGAACCGAAUCAAACCCGUGUUUUCUUCACCACAAUAUCUCCAACACAUCAGAGAAGUGCAGACUGGAACAAUAAGGAUGGGAUUAAAUGUUACAACGAAACAAAACCAGUCAAGAAAAAGGGUCACUGGGGAACUGGUUCUGAUAAAAGGAUUAUGAAUGUGGUGGCAGAUGUAGUGGACAAAAUGAAAAUCCCUGUGACUUUCAUAAACAUAACACAGUUAUCAGAAUACCGAAUUGACGCUCACUCGUCGAUUUACACUGAAAUGGGAGGUGAUCUGCUGACUGAUGAGCAGAAAGCUGAUCCGCUACAUUAUGCAGAUUGCAUCCAUUGGUGCUUGCCUGGAGUUCCUGAUACAUGGAAUCAAAUAUUUCUAGCACAUUUAUAGUGCUGAAGAGAAAUGAACACCAACCCGUGUGUUUAUGUGAUUACAAAAUGUCAAUUAUAAAUAGUUUUUUGAAAUUUGUUUCCCCUAUAUUGAAUUUAUUUGUCACAUCUAUCGACUGAUAUGUCCCUUUUCUUGUCAGUAGAUGAGAGUUUGAUUUAUACACCAAACCAAAACAUAGUCUUGCUUGCAAGUUCCUGCACAAUUUACUCAUUAAAAGAGACUAUGAUUGCGAAAUCUACUCUUUUUCUGUUUUUAAAAAGUUUUAUUAAAAAUGUUAAUAUUUCCCA